CGCUGCAGUUUCUGUAAGUUUGGAAAGGAGCUUAAUUAAUAGGCUCGACAUCAGCGAACCGAAGUCAUUCCCUCCAAGGAGAGCAAGACCAGAGAGCAAGACCAGACCUCGGAGCUGUCUGUCCUCGGUCUCUCUCUCUCUCUCUCUCUCUGUUUUAUUCCACUGGAUCUGUUGGAUUUAUUCUUGUUGUUAUUACUAUGAAACAGCUGGUGUGCGGGAUUUUAUGCGUGGCGCUGUGGGUGCGCUCAGUGUCCGCCAGUGAGCGCGUCGGCAGGAAGCGCGGAUCCGCUAAAGGACCGUACCCGCUCUACAUGAUGCACCUUUACCGGACUUUACUAGCCGGCGACGGGAAGAAAUCAGCGGGGACUUCGAGCGCGGGAGUCGGAUACGAACUUGCAUCUCUGCACCACUCCGAUUCAGUGCUCAGCCUCGUCGCCAAAAGUUGCUACCAGGUGGGUGACAAGUGGGCGGUCACGUUUGACAUGUCCUCCAUCUCGGCGAGCGACGAUGUGCGGCACUCAGAGCUGCGCCUGCGCCUCCCAGAGUUCUCCGCCUCUGAGCAUCCCAUGGUGGACAUCUAUCACGCUCCCAAAGGCGCCGAGGAGCGUCUUCACCUGGGUCGCAUUGACAACGCGUCGAGCACGUCUACAUCCUCACACUCCUCUUGGAGAGUCCUGAAUAUCACCCAGCUGCUGAAGAACUGGCUACACCAGGGGGGUCUGCCUCCCACCCAGGUACGCCUGGCUGACGGAGCACCCCAGGACCUUCAGCAUGGCAUCCAGCAUCCGACAACCAACAGCGUCAUGAUGGUGGUUUACUCCAAGCAGAUGAGGACAGAAUCGUCUACGCUGAUCCGGACAGCUGAGCACUCCAAGUAUGUGGCUCAGGAUCGGGCGCUGUCUGAGCCUGUGGCCCGGAGACACAAACGCAACCACCGGGCGCAUAAGAGGGUGAGCGAGGCGGCAGGGGACAGUGCGGUCCCAGCUCUCACACAAGUUGAGGGUGAACAGAAGACCCUGUGCAAGAAGGUGGACAUGUGGGUGGAUUUUGACCAGAUUGGUUGGAGCGAGUGGAUUAUUUAUCCAAAGAGAUACAACGCAUACCGCUGUGAAGGUGACUGCCCUACACCGGUGGACGAGUCGUUCGCGCCAACGAAUCACGCAUACAUGCAGAGCCUGUUGAAGCUACACCAACCGGACCGCGUCCCGUGUCCAUCCUGUGUACCUACACGCCUGGCUCCUCUCUCCAUGCUCUACUAUGAGAACGGGAAGAUGGUGAUGAGGCAUCACGAAGGCAUGGUGGCAGGGGCAUGCGGCUGCCACUGA